AUGCCUUCUACAAUAAAUGAAUUUGAACCUAUUAGUAAAACAAAUCAGUUUGAAUUUAAAUUUGAAUUAAUGAAUACUGAAACUUUUGCAAAUGAUGAAAAUAUAUUUUUAUUAGGUGAUGAAAUUGCAUUCUUAUCUCUAAGCAAUGAAAUUGCAUCUUUACUCCUAAGUGAUGAAAUCACAACUUUAUCUUCAGGUGAUGAAAUUAUACCUUUAUCUCCAGCAUCUAUUAGGGAUUAUCUUAAAAAAACCUCUAAUGAAAAUAAUAAAUACCAAUUAUGUACACAAGAAUUUGACAAUCAAACUGCAAUAUCAACUAUUAAUCAGCAUUUUCAAAGCUUUUAUCUUGCUGAAUUUACUAAAAUUAGAUAA